AAAUCGCAGCGGAGGCAAAUUAUAAAUUGCCCUGCGUCUUUGGAGAAAAUUCAGUCUCACGCUGUUCGAGGAAGAGUGAAAUACUAAGUGGAAUAUAAAGUUACAUAAAUAUAGAAUGAAGUUUCGAUUUUUGUUAUUUUUAUUAUUUGUCAUUUUAACAUGCGCGAGUGUUCAAUCCAAGCGGCGCUCUUCUUACGGUUACAAAAGACCCUCAUACCAUCCGAGGCCAUCACCUCCUAAAAUCUAUACGACACAUACUACAUACAGUAAAACAGGGUCUGGAUCAUCUGGGAGGUCAGGAUCCGACAUCUUCUUACAUAGCGAAAGAGGAGGACGUACUAACUCACAUAAUUAUGGUCCAAAAACUACGCCUCGUAGUGUUAUCAGAACAACUGCAGCGCCAACCACGAAAUAUCCACCAUGGGCCAAUCCAUAUAUAGCCCCCACUCAACCAACUGUGGUUAAUAAGAAUAACAAUUAUCGAGAAUCAGUCCCACAUACCACCAGAUCGCCUAUGGGCACUCAAAUAUAUGGCGGAUCUCUUCCUAAAACACAAAGUACCAAUAGAAAUCAAUUUCCUGGCAUAGGAUCUUCAAGCGACAUUCGACGUACGAACAAUCAGCAGACCGGUAAACCUGGACCUGGACCUUAUCAUGAUACUCGUCCUAAACCUCAGCCUUUUCAUAAAACCAACUCGAGUUAUAGUCAAAUGACACCUAUACGAAACCCUCCACCAUAUCCAUUGUAUCCAGUGCAUCCAACUCCUAUGCAAAGAGGUCGUGAAUUUCCUCAAUUGAAUUCUCCACCACCUGUUGGAUUUCCUGCAAUUCAUACACCAAUGACUGGUCAAAAUCCUCAUGUUAUGUAUCCAAAUCAAUAUCCACAUUUACAACCUAAUUCUCAAGUCUUUGCAAGCAAUCCUGGUGGUUCCUAUUCUGGUGGGAGUUAUUCAGGUUCUCCUUUUGUUAACCAUGGUGGACAAGUGCAUUAUCCUCAACAGGGCCAAGUUUUUCAGUCUGGAUCCUCGCCACCUGUAAUCGUGUUACCUAAUCAACAAGAUAAUGGUAGAGGUGUAGGACAAAUUUUAAAAGAGGCAAUUAUCUAUUCUGGAGUGAAUGCUGCUAUGAAUAGAAUUAUUAAUCCUAGUCAUUAUCAUGACUCGCAUUAUUAUCAUGAUCGUGGUUAUUAUCAUGAUGCUGCACCAAUGCGGAAUUACGACACGUCGAAUACGUACGUUACAUCCCACACGUACAACAAUCAGUACAUCAACUUACCUCCGGGAGUCGAUGGCAUUGUCCCGGAUCAACCAGCUGUAGCGCAACCUAACGUACCAGUCCCGAAUUCCCCAGGUGGUACCACCGGCGGACAAACGUAUCAGCCGGGUAGCACGAUACCAGCUGCGCCUGGUACAGUAGGCCAGCCAACGGCUCCUGGUACCGCAACCGUAGGACAGCCAGUUGCUCCUGGCACUACAAAUGUUCAACCAAUUGCUCCUGGUGCGCCAUUAGCUGGACAACCGGCUGUUUCAGAUUCCACUAAUUCCUCGCAAUCAAGUGAAAUAGCUCCUCCACAGACAACGGCUCCUGGCAGUGGCACUGCUAGUGCGCCAAUUACGAAUUCUUCAGAUCCUCAAAAACCUCCUGUGAUUACGUACCAGUAUAGGAUAACAGACGAAGAACUGCAAUCGAUAUCAGAAGAAUUGUUCAAUAAGGACGAGUUCAAUGCUUAUAAAUACAUCAGCCUGAAUAUCCAGGGUCAUUCUACUGGCGUCAAUGUAUCUGACCAAGCCGCUAAACCGCUCUUCCAAGUGAUGCCUGUAGCAUAUGAAAUACCGACUGUCCAAGCAGUUCGUUCACUGUACCAGCACUAUAUCCCGGAUUCUCGAGUAAAUGAGAAUAUAACGAUGGAAAGAAUAAUGAAAGAAAAUAUUCUGCUAGAUAUUUUCUUACUUACAAACGUCAUGUCAAUAACUACGAAAUGGUUGAAUAAGCAGGGAUUUGUCAUUGAUAAUGAUUACGAGAUAAAAGAGAUGCUUAGGCGUUUAUGGUUUACUCCAUACCAUGGCACUUCGUCAGCAUUUGAACGUGUCUUCGCUGCGGAAGUCUUCCCCGGAAAUGGUGUCUCUGGUUUACAGGAUUGGAUCAGCUUCAAUUAUCAUGAAUCGAACAAUCGAGUCGACUAUCUAGGUUAUGUCGAUAUGCUGCAAUUUGGAAACAAAGCUGCCCUGUUGAAAGCCGACUUCCGUUUCGAUGGCACUCUUCGACACAAUGGUACCGUAUUCGUUGGCACUUCUCCUGAACUUGAAAUGGCUCUAUACACUAUAUGCUAUUAUACGAGACCUUCUAAUGUGUGUCCUAUUUCCCUUGGGGGUACGAAGCUCAAUCUUUUCACUCAGUCUUAUAGAUAUCUUGAUAAGGACACGAUUUAUUUAGCUCUUCCGGUCUUUUAAAUCUUCCACAGACAAGUUCAUGUGAAUGUCUUAAUAUCGAAAAUGUAAAAUAUGGGUAUACUUUUAAGUGUUCUAAAUAUAUUGUCAAACGUAAUUGUAUAAACUUAUAAAAAUGAGGAAAUUACUAUUAAAACUAAACAAUAUCUUUGAUGGGUACUGUACCACGUAAUUGUAUGACAAUAUAAAUUUUAUCUACCGUAACGGUACACUUUUCAAUACGUAGGAAAUAAUUCCCGAAGGCAUGAAUUAAUUAAUCAAAGCAUGUUGUCCUCUUAAUACAAAACAGAACAACGUGAUAUAUUGACUACCGUAAAUCCACGUGUUCUUUGAAUCAUUUAACAAAACUGACUAAAGAGUAUAAAUUAAGCAAGAGAUACACGACAAGUGUCUCUAUUAAUGAAUUAUGACUUUUAGAAGACAGCAAUAUUUCGAAAAAGCUUUCAGUGGUUGAAAACUAUAACGUUACUUUAAAUAAAUAAGUCAUAAUUAAAUUAAGAUCACAAUACUUUUGUUUAUAGUUUAACGUAAUUGUAACAAUUAUCUCAUGUAAAUAACGAUGAAUGUAAAAAAAUAUAAAUAAAUUUUGAUUUCCGUCUUA